UUCUUUACAACACCUACACUCUUUCUUUACCAACCCAACAUUUACUAAGAUGCGCUUCUCCUUGACCGCCGUCCUUGCUGCUGCCGCUGCCACUUUGGCCGCCGCGUACACCACCCCCGUCACCCUCGGCGCCGACAACGCGAUCUACACCCCUGGUCUCAACCAGCAGGUCGAGGCUGGCUCUCCCUUCACCAUCACCUGGGACCCUACCACCGAGGGCACUGUGACCAUCGUCCUCCUCCGUGGUCCUUCCGAGAACAUCCUCCCCCUGUACGCCAUCGUCGAGAACCUCGCCAACACCGGUCGCUACGACUGGACUCCCUCCACCGCCCUCGAGCCCGACACCACCCACUACGGUCUCCAGCUUAUUGUCGACUCCGACGGUAACUACCAGUACUCUACCCAGUUCGGUGUUGUCAACCCCUACUACCGCUCUACCUCCUCCUCCUCCGCCGCCUCCUCCUCCUCCUCCUCCGCCGCUUCCUCUUCCGUCGCUACCACUUCCGGCCAGCGCACCUCCACUACCACCGUCACCGUCUUCGGUUCCGCCCCUACCACCUUCUCCACAAUCUCUACCUCCGCCACUUCCGCUUUGAACACCACCGCUACUGUUGUUCCUACCGCUUACAUUGCCGCUGUCAACACCACCCUCUCUCUCCCCAUCGCCGCCGCUGCUCCCGCCGCUGCUCCUUACCAGAACACCACUGGUGCUGCUGUCGCUGCUGUCGCUGCUGCCCAGGCUGCCGCUCCUUGGACUAACACUACCUCCUCUGGUGCUGCCGUCGCCGCUGUCAGUACCUUCUCCAACUCCACCACCAACUCUACCGGUGGUGCCGUUACUCUUCCCGCUUUCACCGGUGCUGGUUUGAAGACUGGCAUCUCCGCCGUCGUCAUUGCCGCUGGAUUCUUGGCUGUUGCUAUCUAA